GCCAGCAGGGGGCGAUAAGACCGAUGCAGUUCAGCGGAAGAAAACAAAAGGCGAGAGAAAUAUCUGUUACGGAUGGAAAAAUAAGAGCACGGCAGCUGCUUGUCGUGAUAAACCAUGGCUAAACUGCAGAUUUUAAACGUUUUCCUAACGGAAAGAUUAACUUUAGCCGCCCAGGAAAUAUUUAAGGUUGUGGAAGACAUCUUUUUGGAGUACACUGACGAGAUAUGUCGUUCCAGACAGGAGAUUGAGCUGCUUAGGAAGAGACUGCAGCAGGCUGGGCUCCAGCUCGACUCUGAAAUGCACUCCUGUGAGUCAAAAGAAACUCAGACGUUAUCAGAGGAGCAGUGGAGGUCUGAACAAGAUGGAAACGAUACAGAAAUGCAGAUGAAACUAGAGGUCUACACACAGCAAGAGGAGAAUAUAGUCCAUAUGUCUGUUUAUAAUGAAUCAUCAUCUUUACUGCCAAGUAUGGACACUGGCCAUAAUCACAUGACCAACAAAGACAUUGAAAGUCAAAUAAUGGACAGCAGUGAGAAUGAUUUUCCCUUCACGGACCAAACUGCUGAGAUUAAAAAUGAACCUGGGUUAAGUGAAAAAGGCAGGGACUGUCAGUUACAGCAAUUUACUAGACGCUGCUUGGAUGAUCCGGGGGCAAGUCACGCAUCAAGUGUUGACAAAACAGAAGUCAUCAACAUCGACUCUUCUGCACAUAAGACACACACAUUUCAUCUGCCCCCUAGAACUCAGGAGAGGUUAACACUGCAGCAUAGAAUGGAACUGGCCCAAAUUAGAGAGAGAAUGUCUUCAAGUAUGUGGCUCCAUUACUCUGAGCAUAAAAGUAUGAAAAGUCAUCCAUCUGACUGUGAGGGCGAAGUGUCCAAUUCUGACAAGCGGAAAGAGCACAAUGCAAGAAAAGCACAGGCCUGGAGGGAUCGACUGAAAAAAGACCCUGCAAAAUUUGCUGAGUACAAAGCUUUGGAAGCUGCGAGAGCAAGAGAGUAUAGAAGGAAAAAGACGGCUGCUGCUAGAGAAAGUGAUCGGGAAAAUAAUCGUGAGCGACAGAGAAGACUCAGAGCUAUAAAGAAGUUACAACAGUGUAAAGCUGAGGAAGAGCUUUCGCCAACUAUGAUAAGAAAAGUCUCGCAAGAAGAAAAAUACUACAUCCUUGGAGAAGAGACCCCUUAUUGUCACUAGUUUGAUGGUUGCAAAAAACUACAGAAUGCAAUUCUAUUGUAAUCCUAAAGUAGCAUGAGAAUUUACUUGGAUGAGGACUGUAAAAACAAAAUCAUCAUGGAGAUCUCUACAGAAGGCUCAUGAACUUUGGAAGCUGUAAAUCCAGAAAACAUAGUUUUGUGCUUUCUAGUUUUUUUACAGACGUGUUAUCUCUCGAUGUGUUGUUCUUCAGUGUCAUACAAACCUAAACUAAUGUCUCUGUGAAUAUUGAACUGAAGUUUAGUGAAGCUUCAGAGCUUGCAGAGAAUUCUCAAUGGUACAAACAGUGACAAGUGUGUAUAAAACUGAAGAUCAAAGACAAUCACAAAGUGAGGAACUGUGAUUACACAAAGUGUAUUAAAAGAACCUGUUUUGAUUGUGGUGUUGUGCUACUCAAGGAAAGUUAAAGGUGUCGUGGAUUCGCGUGCCAGUAUCUUGGCAAAAGUGGGAGAGUAAGAUUUUUAUCCACGAUGGAAGCCAGUGGUUCAACUCAAACGGUCUCUACCUGCCAAUGUCAUACUAUGAACACAGAUGUUUAAAUAGUUGAUUUUUACCAGUCUGAGAUCGAAGGACAGAAUGCCUUGAAUGAUAAUUCUGAUUCAACAACCAACGUCCUUGUGAACAAGUAGAAGAUCUGUGGCUGAAAUAUAAUACACACAUAUAGCACAGAUGUACAAGAGCUGACUUCCUGUACACCCGUCCACCUAGGUGGUAUUUGGGCAGAGUUUCUAAAUCACCAACUGACAGCGGAGUCUGGAUGAAGUUUCUGGAGCAAUGCAAAGUCUGGAGUUUGUUUACCUGGCCCAACAAGUCGAUCCGCUUGGAAUAUUUAACGGACCUGUAAACUUGAGUUUGAAAAGACAAACAUUCAAGAUAAUGAAUGUUUAGUUGAUGUUAAGCAUAAUUUGAUGCUUAAUUCGAAUGCACAUGAAGGACAGACUGGCCAUAAGUGACAUUUCACAACAAGUUUAUACUAUCCCAGUAGUUGCUUGUGUGUUUGAUAGGUUUGUUUAAUAGUUUUGCAAUUGUUCUAUUUCGUAUUUUAAUUCUUGUGGCAGAUAGUAUUGACGUCCUGGAGGCCAUUUUAAUGAUUAAUAAGGUUAUUGCAUUAUAAAAAUGUCAUAUGUGUGUCUUUUGCAUACAGACUUUUCUAGUUUGUUCACUCAUUUGUAAAAAAUAAAUUAUAUUCAGAUUUUACCCUCAUCAAGUAACAUACAUAAACAUACAGAUCUUUUUUUUUAAUAAAAUUUAGUUUGAUUACUGUCUUGGUUCUAACAUAAGACGACUUUAAAUAAGAUAUUUGGAUGAUUUUAUAUAAAAAUCUUUACACUACCCCUUUGCAGAUUUUAAUUCAUAUUUGCCUUUCAUGGUCUAUGGAGAGAUAAGGUACAGUGGUAAAUGAGGUACAGUGGUACUGUACAUCAUUUGGGCUUAUCCUUUUAAUGGAUAAAAAUUCAACGAGGUGUUUUCUCUAUCUGACAGCAAUAGUCCUUCUUUUCUUUUUACAAUGAGUGUGAUACACUACAUUCGUUUGAAAGGUUAUCUUUUUGUCGUUGUUUAGAUUGGCAGGCGAUGAGCAAAAGAAGGCUGCAGCGAAAGCUAGAUCCUUAAAGCACAAACUGAAAAUUUACGGGAAUCCUGAACUUCUAGAAGAAUACAGGAAAAAGGAGAGAGAGAGAUAUCAGAGACGAAAAUCUCAAGGAAAAGUGAAGUUUGCUAAAGAUCUUAAUCUAUCGGAAUUAAGAAGGCAGCAGAAAAAAUGGAGGGAGCGUUCAGCCGCACACAGGAGAAAGAAAACAUUUCAGGAGGUUUUAAACAACAUUAAAGAGGACAUUGACAUCAUUCCAGAGUCAAAGCCUGACACCUCUGCUUAACAUUUUAAUGGUUGUUUGUGUUACACAAGAAUUAUGGGCAAAACAUUUCUUUUCUUCUUUGUAAAUCUGUUGGAUUAAUGUGUCUGUGAAAUUAAUAAAUGCAAAUAAAUAAAAAUGCUGAUUAAAAAAUUAUAACAAAUUAAUUGUGCAAUUUUUAAAAGCGCAACAGUGCUUUAUGUA